AUGAGGCAUAUUUUUGCAGCCUUGGCUGGCUUGAAGCCAGCAAUAGUAAUGGUGGUGGUUCAUAUUGCAUAUACUGGGAUGAAUAUCUUAUAUAAAUUGGCUGCAAAUGAAGGAAUCAAUUCGAGGGUAAUUAUUGCCUAUAGAUGGAUUUUUUCAUCUGCCCUUCUAAUUCCUCUAGCACUCAUUGUUGAAAGGAAGAGCAGACCAAAGCUUACAAGAGUGGUUCUUUUUCAAGCCUUUCUUUGUGGGUUAUUUGGAGGACUAGGAAGCCAGAAUUUGUACUUGGGAAGCUUAGCCUUAACAUCUGCAACAUAUGUGAGGGCCAUGUCCAUCCUCCUUCCAGCAAUAACAUUGAUACUGGCUACUAAUUUUCUUCCUAGGUUGGAGAAUUUGGAGCUAAAGACAACAAUAGCGAAGGCCAAGGUGAUGGGAACAUUAAUAGGAAUUGGUGGGGCAAUGCUUCUCACUUUCUAUAAAGGUCCAGAGACCAAUAUUUGGUCACUAAAUCUUCACCUAUUGAAAACAAAUCAGCAUCAAAAUAGCUACAUUUCUUCCACUCACAUUCUUGGCUCCUCCUUGGCACUUGGCAGUUGCACCUCUUAUGCCUUGUGGCUAAUAGUUCAGACCAAGAUGAGUGAGAGAUAUCCAUGUCAUUACUCAAGCUCAGCUUUAAUGUCAAUAAUGGCAUCAAUUCAGUGUGUGAUUUUGUCACUAUGUAUGGAGAGGAAUUGGAGCAAUUGGAAGUUGGGAUGGAAUCUUAUGCUUCUCACUGUCGCAUAUUCGGGGAUUGUGAUUGCUGGACUAGUUGUUAUCGUCAUUGCUUGGUGUGUGCACAUAAGAGAGCCAGUGUUUAUGGCUAAUUUUAACCCUCUUUCACUUCUACUCACAGCCAUUAUGGGGUCUCUAGUACUAGAAGAAAAACUACACCUUGGAAGCAUAUUAGGUGCAGGGCUAAUUGUACGUGGAUUAUACAUGGUUCUUUGGGGUAAAGGCAGGGAGGUGAAGGACAAACUAGUGUUAACAGAAAGUUCAAUUAAAUCUGACAUUAUAGUGAUUGUUAAUGAUGGUGAUCACCCAGCCUUAAAUGCUUUUAUAGAUGAAGAUCCAUUGCCAAAGGAGUAG